GCCUGCUGGCUGUAAGGUACCCGGAUGCUACACAACGUUUAUGUGACCCUUGAGCUGGACCGAAGUGAGAAAACAACUAUGGAUUUCAUGACGGAUCGGGAUGUGCAGAAGUACUUGGAGGAUGGAUAUGUGGUUCUGGACGACCUGCUGACCUCACAGGAGUGUGACGAGCUGAGGCAGAGGAUGGCAGAGAUAGUGGACCGGAUGGACGUCCCAGAGCACUGCCGCAUCACCUUCUCGACCUAUCACGACGAGCAGUUAAAAACACAGGGAAAUGCUGACUAUUUCAUCACAAGCGGAGAUAAGGUCUGCUUUUUCUUCGAGAAGGGAGUUUUUGAUGACAAAGGGGAAUUCAUCGUACCAAAAGAGCGGUCACUAAACAAAGUCGGACACGCACUUCAUGCAUAUGAACCGUUGUACAAAAAGGUUACACAUUCACCCAAAGUUCAGGGUAUAGCCAAGAAGCUGGGUGUUGUAAGUCCUGUGAUACUGCAAAGCAUGUUUAUUUUUAAGCAACCAGGGAUUGGAGGGGAAGUGACACCACAUCAAGACGCCACGUUUCUAUACACGGAGCCUCUGGGCAGAGUCAUGGGGCUGUGGAUCGCGCUGGAAGAUGCCACUGUUAACAACGGCUGCCUGUGUUUUAUCCCCGGAUCACACAACAGUGGUAUUUCUCGACGUAUGGUGCGCACCCCAAAAGGCACCUUUCCCCUGACAGACUUCACCGGUCGAGAGCAGGCCUACGAUGAGACAAAGUUUAUCAGUGCACCAGUGAAAAAAGGUGGUGUAGUCCUGAUCCACGGGGAAGUGGUGCAUUGCAGCGCCCAAAACACCUCUGAGGAUUCCCGCCAUGUCUACACCUUCCACAUCAUGGAGUCCCAGGACACUCGCUGGAGCCCGGACAACUGGUUGCAACCCACUGAAGAGCUUCCUUUCCCGCCGCUCUACAGUAAAUGAAGGAUGUUUUUAGUAUUUGGUGGAGCAGUUCAAUGGAGGACACAAGCUUUAAUCUUUCCUGAAGGACCAACUACAAAGAAACUGUUACCGGUAGUUUUUUUUAAAUAAAUGCUGCCAUUUCUCUUACCUUGUAUUGUAAGAUGUAAGACACCAUCUUUUUCUCUAAACUACAUGAGGAAAGGUACAAAGUUGAAACUAUAUAAAUGUAUCAAUAUUUUUUAGAUAAAUUUUUUUAAAAGACUGGAUAAUAAUAAUUAAAUAAUAAAAACAUGAUUUGUUUUUCAAAUUUUUGUCAAUAUUCCACCUUUAUUCAGCAACUCUUUAUUUACAAUCAGCAUAAUUCUUGUUCUUUUUUUCCAUUUGUGUCAAAGCAACACAUACAACAUAAAAUAUUACAUUUUCAAGUAUGUUCAUUUUAAGAUGCAACUUAAAUAAAAAAAACAAAAAUGUGCCUUUCAACAAUCAUGAAUCACAACAUUAUAGCUCGAAAUGAAAAUAAAA